AUGCCAAUGUCCAAAGAUUCCAAACAUAUCCAAACAUGUCUUCUUCCAUGCACCUCCGAAGAUCUCUCUAGACCGGAUCUCGAGAGCCCUGCGAGCGACGAUGAUGUUUGGCUCUGCUUUGUGCCAAUCUGCGCUGCGCUGCAUGAGGUGUGUACAGAAUCCGGGCGAACACUCGGCCGUCACCUUUUCCGAAGCAUCCGAGCAACGAACCAAUUUCGGCAUUGGGACCACGCUGUCAGCGAGCGCGCUGUCUCAUGUCGUGAUUCUCGUGGGCUGAUGUUCUUGCCACCCAUGUACGAGAGACACGAAUUGGCCGGCCCCAACGAACACGCGGGCGCGCCGCAUCGUAAUGGCGUGCGCGGCACGGAGCUAAGAAAAGCAACACUGUACUUACAUAUGCACGACAUGCAUCUGGCCACGCUUGACGGACAUUAUUCUUCGAGCAUGAUUCAGCGCCUUGGCUGGUUGUCGAGAGAACAGCUUGUCUCAAAGCGUCCAGAGCGUGCGGGAAUAACCAACAUCCCAACGUUCCCUCAGGUUGUUGCUAGCCGGCGGCACUUCCCCGAGCCCCAGCCACCCGCCCGAGCCCCAGUAGAUAUACCAAUGUAG